AAGGCAGCGGGCCAGGGAGGAAGCUGAAAGAUUCGAGUGUUGCUUUCGGUGGCGGUGGCUCUUCGUCUUUGAUUCAGGAGCUGUACGACUGGACGAUGAUGAGAAAAGGAAGGAGUUUCUUGAUGAUCUCUUCAGUUUCAUGCAAAAAAGAGGGACUCCAGUGAAUCGGAUUCCUAUCAUGGCCAAGCAGGUGUUGGAUCUCUACACUCUCUACAAGCUUGUCACUGAAAAAGGCGGCUUAGUGGAAGUCAUCAAUAAGAAAAUAUGGCGCGAGAUUACCAAAGGCCUGAACCUCCCUACCUCCAUCACCAGUGCGGCGUUCACCCUCCGAACACAGUAUAUGAAGUACCUCUAUCCAUAUGAAUGUGAAAAGCGGGGACUGAGCUCUCCCGGGGAGCUUCAGGCAGCUAUCGACAGCAACCGUCGUGAAGGGCGGAGACAGAGUUAUGGCUCCACCCUCUUCAGCUACUCCCCCGUGGGAACCCCCACACUGCUGGCUUCCCCAAAACUCCAGAUGCCCCACAUCAGCAUGCCCACUCCUAACGGUGGGCACAUGACUCAGACCUCUGUUAUAAAGAAAGAGGACUCCAUGCUGUCCAACUGCUUGACUAACAGGGUGGGCAUCCCUGUGUCUUUGGCCAGCCACCACAGUGCAGCUCAGGCGGCUGCGGCUCAGGCUGCAGUAGCUGUGCAAGCAGCCGCAUUGGAGCAGCUCCGGGAGAAGCUGGAGUCUGGAGAGCCACCGGAAAAGAAAGUGAUGCUGAUGGCAGAGGAGCAGCAGAGAAUAAUGCAACAUGCAUUACAGCAGAAUCUCUUCGCCAUGGCAACCCAGCUACCCAUGAACAUCAAACUGAACAACAGAGAUGAUAGACAAGAGACUGCAUUGAACCUGUCUACCAACGGCAUUAGCAGCAUCAACAUGUCAAUAGAAAUAAAUGGGGUUGUCUACACAGGGGUCCUGUUUGCCCGUAAGCCGACCUUAGGUUUCAUGCCAGGCAGCCAGCAAGUCCAUCACCAACACAGCUCACAGGGAAAGAGCAGCAGCCCAGGCCUCAGCACCCAGAUGCAGCCGUCCUCCUCUUCCUCCUCACACGGACCAGCCACCUCCCCUUGAGCUUCUCCCUUCCCCCCGACAGGGUCAUUCUAGGUCAUUCUGUUGGACCGCUGUUUUCUGUCUCCUUCAAUAUACAAUAUACACUUUUUACUGUUUUUCUAACCCUCCCCCUGCAAUCAGGACAGGAGCGUCCGUCAUCUGAAAAACUUCAAUUAAGGCUGAGCACCAACAGCUGAUAGCUGCACAUUUGGAGUGUGGUACAUUUACAUAUGCAGCAAGUUGCAGCUUGUAAUUUUGUUCUUAUGAGGAUGCAUUAUUCAGUGUGGAGCGACUAAACUGUACUACGUGACAAUGAACCAUGAACACAAGGAGCGGUGUGAUGCUCGAGAGGACGCGAUGUUCCUCAGACAGAGUGAAUGCUGCAUCAAAGCAAGAUUCACUUUCCUACACAGAUCCUGAUGUUGUGGCAUCUUUAUCUUUACUUGUUGCGUUCUUGAAUCAAACCGCAAGAGCUACUAUCAGCUAGAACCAAAGAGAACAAGAGCAACAUUUUAGUGGUUUAUUUGAUAAUGUUACAAUAAUUAAUGCAGAGUUUUAUCACCACCAUCACACAUCUGAUGCCACUGCAAAUUAUCAGAAAAUUAAAAUGAAUUUUAAUAUCUUGAUUUUAAGCAAAAGCACAUCCCAUUUAACUUGGGCAUCAACUAGUCAGGGAGAAACAGUUAUUUACUGUAUUACUGCUUAAAUAUAUGUUUGUAAAGAAAAUAUAUCAUUAUAUCCAUCGAAGCAGUCUUCUCGAAAUCUUUAAAGGACUGGGAGAAUCAUAAUUCUUGCCAUAUGUGCAAGAUUGGUCAUGUAUAGCUUGAUAUUGAGGAAAGCUGACAGAAUUAUAUCUGCUAUAUUCUCUUCUCGUGACUGGUUUUGGCCUGCGGCCGUGGAGAAAUAUAUUCCAUUGAUUAGUGAGUUAUUUGGGGAACACUUGUCGACAGUGUUUAAUGAUUUUCCAGCACCUCAGCUCGUGUUUUAUAGCAGAGAGAUUUAAGUGUUCAUUAAAUGGUUUAGUAAACAGAAAAAUGGGUCACACUGAUUAAUAAAGGUUUCAGAAGUCGAGGGUCAAAUGAUAUUGUGACGUGUGACUGUGAGCUGGAUGUUGAUCACAAAAAAUGUAUUUCAACCAGAAAAGAGAGGCUUUUGAGAAGAAGAUUAUGUGCCGUGAACAGGCUGAAUGUGGCAUCAGUUCAUGAGGUGAGAUCUCUGUCGUGAAUAGAAUCCAAUUUUCAUCAAGUUUUUAACAACGCACUUGCAUUUGAGAGUUCACCUCUCGUCCUUUAUUCCAUUCUCCUUUCUUAUUUUAUGUUUUUGCUCACACUCUCGUCUUGUUUAUUUCUUUUUCUUCUCUUUUCUGUUGGUAAGGAAAUGGGAGGAUAUUAUUGUGUCGUUUUUUUUUAGAAUUCAGUAGACGAUUUCAAGUAUUUAUUAUUACUUUUAUUCUCUUCCUUUCAUGUUGAAACUUGGGCUGUUUCAGUGCUUUCAGAAACAUCGCUUUUUUUAUUACAGCCCAAUACCUCACAAAUCCUGCAAACCUGUACACAGAUAAUAGAUUAUGAAAACAAGAUAUACCUCAUUUAUUUCAUUUCUAUGAUUUUUAUUGUGAAGCCACUUGAAAAUAUUUUUUCAACAAAUCACUGGAUUUUUUUUCUAUUGUGUAUUGUUUUACCAAAGAAGGGAAUAUAUAAUGAACACACAUCUACCUCAUUUGUGAUAGACUGUGCCAACAACAUAAUCACAGCAGCCAGUUUUUAAUCAUAGCCUUUCUGGUCCAAAUUCACUUCUGCCUGCGUGAUUUGUGCUGCAGAACCAGAGGCUGGACCACACAGGGCUCGACACGGCGUCCUUUUCUUUGCUUGUUUUGCCAUUGUUUUGUUUUGAUUUUUAUGCACGGGGGGAAAUAAAAUACCAGAAGGAUACUAUUUUAUGAAUACAACUGUUCAAAAUGAUUCAAUAUGGAUAUGAUCCGGGUUCUUCAUCACAGUAUCAGUAGACGUUUGAAUCAGAUCUAAAAUUCAUCUUAAGUUAAGCGUUUAGUUAAUGAAGUGUUUUUUUCUGUUCACAACUAACUGUGGCUUUCAGAAAAUAUAUAACCUACUCUAAAUCAAAACUAACUAAAAAAAAAUCCAUUGUUUUCUUUUGUACUCUCUUUAAUGGGAUUUGAAUGUGGAGACAUGCUCAGAACAGGACUUAUUUUUAAAAAUGCCAAAGAUGUGACAGUAUUGUUGGGUUUAUGAUUUCAACCCGAUACUGUCAUUCUUAACUUUUAAUCUCAAGCAGCAGAAAAAUGUUUUCAUUUGAUCCUGCUGCGGCAAAACUUGAUUUUAAGCACUUGGAUCAAAAUGUUAUCCAAAAAAAAAGGCCAAGCUGUAUAUUCAGUUAGUCUCAGUGCACGGAUGGCAAUGUAAGAAUGUAAUAACAGUUUCCAGAGUCUCAGCACAACUAAUGAUUAAUGAAACAAGUAAACCUGACCAUCAUUUUGUUGUUGUGCAGGAGCAAGGAGUAAUGAAAAUAUAUAGUCUAUAUUUAUGUGGAAUUACAGAGGGCACAAUCAAUGCACAAUUGUCUGAUUCCUGUUGUUCAGUGUAAUUUACCUCUUGAUCAGCGUAUGAAGAGACUUGCUCUUAUUUUUCACAGCAGUGGCACUGUCUAUUCCUUCACAUGGCUGUCUGUUCUCUCUUCUGCUCGUGUCACUAGACUGCAGAGAUUUCUAGAGCAAAUCAAACUCUGGUCUCCAGAAAACUCUGGAGAAGCAAAAAAAAACAUGAAUCAGAGUGAUUCCAUAACCAACGUUUUUACGAAAUCACAUUCACAGGCUUACUGAUGACAAUGUUGGAACAUUUGUUCAUAAAAAGACUUAUCAUUCUAAAAAAAAGAUUGACUCAUGUGCUUAAAGAAUAACAUGUUGUUUACCUUGUUUAGCUAUGUCUGCGAUGCUAUGCUGGUAGAUUUUAGAUCCUAGUAUACGCUGUGUAUGAAGCUUAUUUUCCUUUUAUUCACUUUGGAUAAAUCCAGUGCAUUAUGGGAAAGCUGGAUUGUGGUGCUCAGGGGUUAAAAAAAAAGAAAAAAAAACUGGUGAGAGGUUUUUUUUGUUGUUGUUUGUUUGUUUGUUUUGCCAUAGACUUUUAGCAUAAUUAGAAAUAAAAGUACUGCUUUCC